AUGCAUUUCAGCAGGUUUGGGCUCGUUGCCCUUGGGGCAGCAGCUGUGAAUGCUUUCAGAGAUACAUCACCAUUCUUCCUCGCUUCAACCUCCGAGGUCCUAGCGAACUCCGCUUACAUCCAGACAGGAGCGUCUGUUCUCGAAACCCUUGAUUCUGCGCUCAGCUCUUGCCCCUCGGACUAUUAUGUCGUCGUUUACCAGCCUGGUGCACACGCUACCGACUUCUCGACGCGCAAGUCUGCACCCCGCUUAGGUGCGAAGAUGCUCGGCAAGGACAGCUCAAUCCGCUCUAAGAUGAGUGUGAACGAGGUCGCUGGCUUGGUGGAACCAAAGGAAGUCAAGAAGCUUCUGGAGACGAAGUGCAAGGCCCAGACUACCACUAUCGAUGGAUCCACCGGAUCAUACCCCUCGGUGUUUGGGGAGGGCCCCCGAAUCAUCGAUAUCGAGUUCCCGAUGCUGUCCCUCAACUCACACCGCGCGCAGCAGCUUUCUGAAUUCGAUGGCUUCCUCUCCGACGUUGUUGAGCGCAUUCCCUCCUCCAAGUAUACUAUCCUAUACAUUACCUCCCCGAGGGAAUUCCCUGAAUCAGACUCUGUGAUCUACGAAACCUCCGAGGGCUCGUACCAGGACUCACUACACAUGGAAAUGAAGCGUGAUUACUCCGCGUCUGGUAGUUCAUCAACCUCAUCGAACAAAUCAACUUCUUUGUUCGAAGAGUACCAGUACUUCACUCCAGGCAUCUUCAUGGGUCUCAUGGCUACCUUCCUAUUCUUGGUGAUCUUAUACAUUGGUAUCAGUGCCUUGAGCAGCCUCCAAAUCCCGUAUGCCGCAUUCGAGAAGGAUGAGUCCGCUACCGUGCUCAAGAAGCAGCAAUAA